AUGGCGUCCCAGGCCCCUGAGCCAGACGCUGGGGUCCCCCGAGUCCUCAGCCCGGGGGGAUGCAGCGCCUCUUCCUCGGAAGCCCUGUCCUGCGGUGAGGACCUCGCCCCGGGCUCGGGCCCUGCCACAGCCCCUCCGGUGGCCGAGGGUCCCAGCCCCCGCCUCCCGCGGAACGUGCUGAGCGAGAGGGAGCGCCGGAAGCGGAUCUCCCUGAGCUGUGAGCGCCUGCGGGCCCUGCUGCCGCGGUUCCACGGCCGGCGGGAGGACAUGGCCUCGGUGUUGGAGACGGCCGUGCAGUUCAUCCGGCUCGCACGCACGCUGGUGCCUGGCCAGGAGCCGCACGCCGAGAGUUGUGAGCGCACGGACCUGGUUUUUGCUCCUUCCAAAGAGACGUGGCACUCGUUGCAGAAGAACGUCUUGCAGCUGGCCCUGUCGUGUCAGGUCCCGGCAGGCACACCAGGCCUGGGGACAGAAGCGUCCGUCGUGACUGUGUUAGUGUCCCCCGUGGCACACCCUGCAGGGCCCUGGGACCCCCAGGGGUGGCAGACACACCUCCCCCAGCAUGUCCUAGAGUGGGGGAGGCCUGGAGGCCUGGCUGGGUCUCCACAGCCAGUAACUUGCCACGGGCCCGGCGGUGGCGCCAGCACCCUGCGGGCCCAGGAGGGCUGGGCGUGCGGUGGGCUUGUGAGUGGCUCCAGCAUGGCCAACUCGGUUGGCAGGCAGGGGGACCUCCCGCGCUGUGCAGCCCUGGAUGUGGCUGAGAGCAAGGCUCCGGCGGGGUCGUCCGAGGCACUGGGCAGGCCGUCCCGGAUCCCUGAGCCCUCCAGCCUGGCGCCCCCGCCCGCAGGCCUGGCUGAGGUCCCACGGCCACUGUCACCCUGGCCUCGCUCGCGGCAGUUGACGUCCCCCGUGAUGAGCGAGGAGGCCCCUGGCUGGCUGGGCCACGCUGGGCCCCUGGCCAGGGCUGCCACCCCUCUGGCAGGGCCGGCCGAGGAGGCCCUGGUGCCUGCACCAGACGCCAGCCAGCUGGGCGUGGGCAGGGGAAGGGGGGCGCGGCUGGAGAGAGGACUCGGGGCCCGAGUGUCUGCCUUCGAGGGCCUGAGCCUACUUGGGGGUCUUCUCGCCCUCAGGUCUGUGUCGGGAUCCGACGGGGAGGACAAGAUGUCCUUCCUGCUGACUGCCAGUCCCGACUGGUGGCCAGGGUCCCUGGAGGGCAGAGGAAGUGGGGCCUCCGCCUGGGCCACACCCAGGAGCAGCUCGCCGGAUGGGGCAGAGCCGGGCCUCCCGGAGGACCCCGAGCUGGGCUGCCAGGAGCUCCAGGACAGCUCCCUGGAGCCGUGGGGCUCGGACUUCACCUGCUCGGGCCUGGCCCUGCGGGAAGAGGAGGACGGCAUCUUCCCUGACUUCUUUGCCUGCUAG